UGGCCUUCUGUAGAUAGUCGCCCUCUCUGCCGGAUUGAAGUCUUCUCAGUGUGGCAGCUCAUAGGAGGGAAAACAGAAGUUAGAGUGAGAUAGAGAGCAGAGAAGAGAAGAAGAAAACAGAGACAGCCAUCUUCAGACCACAGUUUCUACCAGUCUGUAUGCGGGUUACAUACAGUCAUGGCAUCAGCAGCUCCGCCAAAAAGGAUGGUGUCCUCUGUCUUCAUCACCCUGGCACCUCCCUACCGGGCCACCGUGACACAGCAGCCGCAGCAGCCCGUGCUCCAAGCUCACAGCGGCCCUGCGAGAGACAAGCAGCACACCGCUGUGCGACUCAGUGCGAGUGAGAGCAUCCCCGCCCUGAGACACAGGAGAGAAGACCCGUCCUCAGCCGCCAGUGUGGACAGCAAAGACAAGGCUCCUGCAGGACCCUCGGCCCGAGUCGCAGACCCUCUCAGCCCCAAACCUGCUCAUUCUGGACCCAGCAGAGGAAAGCUGCAGAAAGACAGCAGAGAUGAUGCAGAGUACCUUCCACCUCCUCCUUCUCCUGCCGCUCUCGUACCUUCUUCAUCUCCGAGAGCAGCUCUCCCCGAAGAAUCAACACUUCCGCCACUUCCUGUCCAGACACCUCUCUCACCUCGUCUGACCGCAGACCAGCAGCCAGUUAACAACAGAGAGGUAGAAACAAUCACACCAUCUAGUGGGUUAAAUCAAGUUGAACAAACCCACGGCAUUCACAAGAACGGCCAAGAACCAAGCAGGGAGAGUAAAGAGGUGUGCGGCUUCUGUCGUAAGCCCGUGGAUCUCUCUCAACCCGCGAUAGAGGCCCUGAACCGGACGUACCACGACGGAUGCUUCCAGUGCAGGUCUUGUCACAUUCCUCUGGCUGGUAAACAGUAUUACAACAAGGCGGGGAUCCCACUCUGUGAAGACUGCUACCAGGCCAGUUUGGAGCUCUGUUGGGCGUGUGGAGAGGUCAUCACAGACCAUGUGAUCCGGGCUCUCGAACGAGCGUACCACCCGUCUUGUUUCACCUGCACGACGUGUAAACAACAGAUUGGAGAGCAAGCUUUUGCUCAGGGGGAAGUUGGAGAGGUUUACUGUCUCCAGGACUACUACAGGAAGUAUGCCCCAAAGUGCAGCUCCUGUAACCAGCUAAUUAUUCCUAAAGAGGACGGUACCGACAGCUUCACCGUUGAAUGUCUGGGACGCUCCUAUCAUGAGAACUGUUACAGAUGUGAGGUCUGUGUCAUUCAGCUCUCUCCUGACCCCAAUGAGCACGGCUGCUUUCCUUUGGACGGGAGGAUGCUGUGCAAGUCUUGCCAUGUGAAUCUGGUUUCUGGUCAGCACUAACACUGGCCUUGAAUUAAAAACUGGUCUAAAAGUGACAAGAGAACCGGGAGACGAUGCAUCUGCAUUUAAGAGUUUGGCAUCAUUUUUUUCCCCCUGGACAACAAUAACAAAAGCUGUUUUUUUUAUUAUUAUUAUAUAACAUAUCAUGCUAUCUAAAGACCUUACUAUUCCUUUAUUUUUAAAUUUUUUUUUGAAAUGUUGCACUCUAUGAACUACAAAAUGCACCAAAUAUAUAUUUAUACAACUGACUUAGUCUUAAUCAGUAUACUGUUCUGUUUAUCCAUCACAUUAACCUUUUACAU